AGGCAUGUAUAUAAACAUACAAAUAUAUGUUUAAAUGUUGAGAUUGCAAUUGGCCUGUUCAAUUACAAGUCUCCUUUGUUGCAGAGAGUAAUUGUUCUCCAAGAACACAUGGUGUGUUGGUGUUUGAGGAACGUUGGAGAAAGCAAAAAAAAUUCAAAAUAAAACAGCGGGGAGCGGUGAGGAGACUUGUGAUUCUGGCGGACAGAGCUUGAAGCUGGUGAUUGGUGGAUGGUGGUUGGAAUAAAGCAGUUGAAAUUUUAUUUGUAAGCGGUUGAAACAAGAAAAGUUGAGCAAAAGUGACUACCGAGACAAAGGUUAUUACGUUUUAGUAGAAACAUGGAGGCUCUGAUACCUGUAAUAAAUAAGCUUCAGGAUGUUUUCAACACUAUUGGAGCAGAUGUCAUUCAGUUGCCUCAGAUUGUCGUAUUGGGAACGCAGAGUUCUGGUAAGUCAUCAGUCAUCGAAAGCUUGGUAGGUCGUUCAUUCCUGCCCCGCGGGACUGGAAUCGUAACACGACGACCCUUGGUGCUCCAAUUGGUCUACUCGCCGAAAGACGACCGGGAGAACCGCAACGCUGAAAAUGGAACUCUUGACGUUGAAGAAUGGGCUACCUUCUUGCACGACAAGCACAGGAUCUUCAGAAACUUCGACGAUGUUCGUCGAGAAAUCGAAAAAGAAACGGAGCGCAUGGCUGGCGGGAACAAGGGAAUUUGCCCCGAGCCAAUUAACCUGAAAAUAUUCUCCCCCAAAGUCGUCAACCUGACGCUCAUUGACUUGCCGGGCAUCACCAAAGUUCCCGUCGGCGAUCAGCCGGAGGAUAUCGAGUCUCAGAUUCGCCAGUUGGUACUUAAGUAUAUUUGUAAUCCUAAUUCUAUUAUUCUCGCUGUGGUCACCGCGAACACUGACAUGGCCACCAGCGAGAGCUUGAAGUUCAGCAAAGAUGUUGACCCGGAUGGAAGACGUACUCUUGCUGUUGUUACUAAGUUGGAUCUUAUGGAUGCAGGUACUGAUGCCAUAGAGAUACUUUGUGGACGUGUAAUACCAGUUAAACUUGGUAUCAUAGGUGUAGUUAAUAGAUCCCAACAAGAUAUUAUUAAUAAUAAAACUAUUGAAGAGGCAUUGAAAGAUGAAUCAAUGUUUUUACAAAGAAAGUAUCCGACUUUAGCUAAUAGAAAUGGUACUCCGUAUUUAGCUAAGACUCUUAAUCGUUUACUUAUGCAUCAUAUUCGCGAUUGUUUACCUGAAUUAAAGACGCGCGUAAAUGUAAUGAUUUCUCAAUACCAAACACUAUUAAAUUCCUACGGUGAAGAUGUAUCAGACAAGAGCCAAACACUCUUGCGAAUAAUUAUGAAAUUUGCGAGCAGUUAUUGCUCGACAAUUGAAGGCACAGCACGUAACAUAGAAACAACGGCGCUUUGCGGUGGAGCACGUAUCUGUUAUGUGUUUCAUGUUUUAUUCAAAGAAGCCUUGGACGGUAUUCAUCCGCUCGGCGGUCUCACCAAAAUGGACAUUCUCACUGCCAUAAGAAACGCGACGGGUCCAAGACCGGCGUUAUUUGUACCUGAAGUCUCCUUCGAGUUGCUAGUCAAGAGGCAAAUCCGCCGCUUGGAGGAUCCAUCAUUGAGGUGCGUUGAACUGGUCCACAGGGAGAUGCAGGAGAUUGUUCAGCAUUGUGGUACUGAAGUUCAUCAUGAAAUGCUGCGUUUUCCCAAGCUGUACGAACGCAUUGUUGACACUGUAACUCAAUUGUUGCGUAAACGGUUACCUACUACUAAUUCAAUGGUGAAAAAUCUUGUUGCUAUUGAAUUGGCUUAUAUUAAUACAAAACACCCGGAUUUUAACAAAGAAGCGGCUUUAGUUUCUUCGUUAUUAAAAUCGACAGACAUUGAUAAUAUGAAGCAUAGUCGUAAAAAUGGAACACUUGCCAAUGCUUCUAAUACUUCUGUAACACCUGUUGGCGUGAAUAAAAUGGUAAACAACAAAGAAGAAUUAUUGGGUAUUGUGGAGCAGAGUAACAAAGAGCAAAGUCAAAAUCACUGGUUGCUUAGUAAUUUACUGCCUCAAGGCAGGACAGACUCAUCCAGUACAACUGAAAAUUCUCCAGUGAGAACUCGCGACGGCGCUAAAUCCCCAGCAUCUAUGCAAGGUAGUGAUGUAAUCAACAACAUCGAGGAUUGGCAGCAGAAAAAUUCACCACAACAGAAAGCUGUUAAUCUGCUUUCCGAAGUACCCUCUCAAACGAAUAAUAAUCGUAAACUCAGCGAACGAGAACAAAGAGACUGCGAUGUAAUUGAGAGACUCAUCAAGUCGUAUUUCUUCAUUGUCCGCAAAUCUAUUCAAGACAGUGUACCAAAGGCUGUCAUGCAUUUUCUUGUUAAUUUUGUUAGAGACAAUUUACAAAGCGAGUUAGUAACGCACUUGUACAAAACGGAUCAAGCUGAAGCAUUAUUAAAUGAAAGCGAACACAUUGCCGUUAGACGUAAAGAAACUAGUGACAUGCUGGAGGCAUUGACACAAGCAGGCAAUAUAAUUAGUGAAAUCCGUGAAACGCACAUGUGGUAAUAAUGAAGUUUAAGAUAAAUAAAAUGUGCUAAGGCAGUUUCUGUUUCUGCUACUUGCUGUGCUAGUGUCAAAGACUAGAUGUAAUCGUGUUAAAAAAUUUACAUUUAUUAUUAUUACUUUUAAUUAUAAUUACAAUUGUUAUCAUUACUUUUAUUUAAUAUCUUUUACGUCGUAACUAAGUAACACGAUUAAUUUAUCAAUCAACACAGUGUAUCAAUUUUUAUUUCACAAUAAAAAAUUAUCUAUGUAAACUCUUUACAGUA